AUGGUGAAAAUUACGCCGUCCCGUUCGCUAAUAUGCGCAGCGGUUGCUUCGUACAUCAGUUUUGCUAUUGUUUCUGCAGGUUAUUUGGAUGUUUCAACACUAAUACACGCGAACAAGCAAUUUUGUCUUACCGAACCUAUCGGAAAGGAAAUGUAUACCCAUAUUACUAUCCAUCCCUAUGAUAUUAAGAAAGGAAAAGGUCUGGGUGUAGUGAUCGCUGAGGAUGGUGGAGACAAGCCUAUCUUCGAAGAAGCUAACCUCGUCAACCACCUCUCAGUGUCAUUCACUGCUGUACACGGAAUAUCGGUGAUUUGUUGUAUCGCAGCUCCAAACUACGAUGUCUACGUAGGUAUUGCGAUCAAAUCGGGAGCCGACGCAAGGGACUACUCUAUCAUCGCAAAAAGCUCACAUCUAGAUCCAGUGGACGCACACCUGCAAAAUGCUAUUGACGAAUUCAGUGCAUUCCACAAAGCACAAAUUACAGGCAGUCGCUCAAUGGACCGAACUAGCAAAAAGGCUGCAGAUGCAUACCAUCUACUGACCAAAUUCGCCAUUGCAAAUAGUGCAUUUGUAGUCAUCUCGACAUUGUGUUUCAUACUAUAUUUCAGAAGCUUCUUCCUUUCCAAAAAGGUCAUGUAG